CCAUCAACAAAUCGUUUAAAACGUAGAGCAUGGGAAGAAGUUGCUGUAUGUAUGGCAAAUCGUUGGCCACAUGCACCAAGAAGAACAGCUGAUCAAGUCAAGAAAAAAUGGGAAAAUCUUGUAUCAAAAACAAAACGUAAAGUACGCGCUGGUCAUGUUACACCAGAAUUAGAUUGGAAUGAAACAAAUGCAGCUGUUAUGCAAUUUCUUACACAACAUAGUCCACCAGUACGUUUACGUUAUUUAACAUCAACUACACCAUCAUUACUUAAUCUUGGCAAUUUACAAUCAUCAUCAUCAUCAUCUUCGAUGUUAUCAACAGCAGCAGCGGCAGCGGCCGCAGUAGCCUCAUCUUCAUCAUCAAUUAAUUGUACAAAUGGAUUUAAUCAUAUGAAUUCAAAUAAUUAUGGGUUAUCGAAUAGUAAUUUUUUAGAUUCAUAUAAUAAUAACAAUAAUAAUAUGAAUUCAUCCAUUUUUCCUAAUAAUCAACAAUCAUCUUUUAUGUUGUCAAACUCAAAUCGAAUUUUAUGA